UACAGAAUGAAUAGAAACAAAAUGGCUGAAUAAUGCAGAACAAGUUGUCAGGACUUUCUUUGACAUUCAGAUGGAGUCAGAUCAAACCGUUACCAGGGAAACCACUACCAAGGUCUCGUAGUCGUCACUCAUCCUGUCUCCAUGGUGAUUGUGUAUAUGUGAUCGGGGGAAAGGAUGGAAGAAUUUCUCUGAAGGAUAUAUGGAAGUUCUGUUUAGAAACUUCACAAUGGGAGAGAUUAACACUAAAAGGAGACAGUCUGUCUUAUUUAGAGGGACACAGCCUGGUCUCUUACAAGAAAAAUCUUUUGCUGUUUGGAGGGUCAUUUGGUGAUAAUGUCACAGAUUCAUCUCUGUGGAUAAUUAAUCCUGAUGUCCUGCAUGUACGACAGGUCUCAUGUGAGCCCGGAUUUCCUCAGCCUUGCAGCAGACGUCAUCAUUCAGCUGUUGUCCAUGAUGGCAUUAUGUAUGUGUAUGGAGGAUAUGUAGACCUCAGAGGAAGCAGCUCUGAAUUAUGGGCAUUCCACAUUUCUGAAGAAGAAUGGGAAUUAAUAACACCUCGCCAGACCAGGUCAGACAUGCCUGAGGGACGUCACGGUCACACGGCUGUCCUCCAUGGCAGGAAUAUGUGGAUCUAUGGGGGACUAUCUGGGCUAACUCCAAAAUCAGACCUUUGGUACUACAACUUCCAUGUUGGUAAGUGGACACGGAUGAAAUGUAGGUUUGGUCCACCACCAUUAGUAGGACAUGCGGCAGCUGUGGUCAAAGACAAUAUGGUUUUGCAAGGUGGAGAGCAAAAUGGAGAACUAAGAAAUGACUUCUGGGUUUUUUCUUUCGAAUGUUUGAAGUGGACACAUGUAGAAAUACCAAAUCAAGUUCCUUCUGCAAGAAUGUGGCACUCGUUGGAAGCAAUUACUAUAGAGUCUAAAAAGACGGAUGGCUCAGCUCGGACCAGCUCAAUGCCAUAUCUCCAGAACAAGCAUGGAAGGAGGCAAAAUCUCCGCCCCCGCUCAAGUCCUGCCUACUCCUCUGCCAGAAAUAGGGUAACACCAAAACAGAACAAAGAAAAUUUGACUGUGAACUCUGAAAAUUUAUCAAUGUCUUUACAAAAACCACAAACAGGAGAAUCACAGCCAUUGAAAAGUCAGUCAAAGUUACAAACUAUCAACACUCAGUCUGUAUCAGCAAUUAAAAUGAUGGAGUUACAGACCAAAAAAAGUCAGACUGAUUCCAUCCCUGUUGUCAUGAGAACUCCAACACCAAAACAGAAGGAAGAAAAAUCACCUCUGCUGUUGGAGAGACAUAUAUCACAGUGUAGUGAGGGCAGUCAAAGCAGCUUAAAAGGAGCAGACAACCUGGGGAUGGAUAUCUCAAGCAGUUCUGAUGGUAUAUCUUCAUUGGACUUUACUUCAUGUAAGACAUUCACUCAGUCUUAUGGAUAUCACCAGAAACCUCCAGAGAGGGUGAAGCCUGUAAAAAUGCAAACUUUUAGUCAUAAUGUGAUCAAUGUGUUGCCCUAUCCUCAAUUAACACAGGACCUAGUUGUGGAGGAUUUAGAAAUUUAUGAGAAUUACUUCUCAGAACUGAAUGAAACAGCUUUUGUGAAGAGGGAAUGUCAAAAAAAUCAUUUUGGUGGCUAUAGCAAGAAAUACAAAGUAAACAAGAUGGAAAUAAAAAAUUUACGGAAACGCUCAAGUAAUUACAGUACAAAUGAUAUGACAUUAGAUCGGUAUAGAUCUUCUUCUGUCGGGGAGUUACGCAACCUAAAUGAGAAAGUUUCAGAAACCAAAACAGCCCUACGUAGUAAAAGCCUUCACAAUCUAAAGAAAGAUAGUCCUGUGUUAUGUUGGCAAAGUGAGGAUUCAGAUCAGGCUACGGAAGAAGUCGGAGCAAACCCAGCAACGAAUGUAGAAAUGACUACAGAUUUCUCUGAGCCUGUGAACAAAGAGACUGUGCAUGAAAACCAGGUUAUUUCUAACAAAAAGGUUCCACCGAAUAAAAAACAAGAAACCAGGAUAGAAAUUCAGGAACUAGCUCAGCCCUAUCUCCUGUUGUUUGGGGGCAAAGACAUGAACGGUGGUAGUGUUUGGUUAGAAUCUCUGACAGCAUGGAGAUGUGAGGUGUUUGUUAGACACAGUGAUAUUUCUCAUGGAGAAUUCCACAAGUCCAGUCUCAUAAUAUAACAGCUAGGAUAGCUAUCAGUAGCAUUCCUGUAGUGAGCAGCUAGCACUUCAUGCA